AUUUCACUCUUCGUUGUUGAUGGGUGGGUGCGUGUUGAUGUUUUCCAGUCGAAAAUAUUUGGCUUGUGAAGUUGAUGAAACAGUAGGCAAACUAGCAUAAGUGGUGUUUCAGUUUACUUUAAAAGUAAAUUUGAACAUUGGUAGAGGUUUCCCGAAAGUGUGUCUGGAAAAAUGCCAACGAUAAUUGCUCUGGAUGUGUCGCUAUCGAUGACGCGAACGGUUCCGCCUGGAAGUAACAGUGGCAAUACGGAGGAAAGUCUCACAUUCCACCAGCUGGCCAUACAGGGAAUAAACACCAUUUUGGACUACUUGGGAAAGCAUUCUAAGCUGGAAUUCGUAUCACUGAUAAUCUACUCCUCGCUGUACGAGGUAGUGGUCGACUUCACCCGGGACUACGAAUCCAUCCGGCAGGCACUGCACAAGAUCGAACACUACGACAAAACCAGCCUGGAGAAUGUCCUGGUGGCGGUGAACAACAUGUUCAAGACGCACUGGGGCAAUCACAACUACUGCCAGAUCAUGUUCAUCACCGAUUGUGGCAUCGGAAUGGGACCUAGUUCGCUCAAGAACACCAUUAUCAACCUGCAGAGCUAUAAAGCACAGAGCAACAGCAGCGGAGUUAAGGUGCCCGUCUCCGAGAAUCACUGGGUUGGAUUCUCCUACCCGAGCAAGCUGACUUUUAUGUGUUUGGGAAAUAUUAAUGACACGGCAUUCAAAUUUGGAACAAAGCUAUACCAACAGUUGCUGGAUAUCAGUGGUCAAAAUGGGCAAAUUUACAUCCCCAAACCGAAAACCCUAUCCAUCGAGGAUCCAAUUGGAGACGAUGGGGACGAAAACAGCCGACAGUUGAGUCGCAAAUCUAUCCAGGAGAUGUUCGAGCGGACCUGUGAACAGAACUAUAAACAGUUUGAAGCAACGCUUCGGUGUGGAGGAUACUUCCGGCUGGAGGGAGCCAUCACAAUAUGGCCAGCGCCUUUACCUUACACUUCAAAGGACAUUUUCGGGGCAGAAACUACGACCAUAAUCUCUCGUAGGUUGGAAAUAUGCGGCUAUCUAAGUCUGUCCGAUAUUGGUUCGCCCAUGUCGGUAAGCCGUCAUCUGAUUCUCCCGCGGGGAGAUGGUGAUAAGCGUAUCUCCUCCAAGGACAGCAAUCUUACGACGGAAGAAAAAUUGGAAAACGACAUUAAAACAUUUUAUGCGAAACCUGACGGCAGUGGUAGUGGUGGUGGUGGUGGCGGCGGGGACAAUAAUGAUGACUGUGGACCCGGUGGCGAUGCAACUCGCGAGUCCGUCUGUGUGCUGCUGCAUGGUGCACUGAAGGUGGAGAAUAUGGCAGCGUUGGUACUGCUGAAUGACAAUUGGUACGGAUUUAUCUAUUCGUACGCCGACAGUAAAAAGAAGUCAAACCUGAUGCUGAAUGUCCUUCCACCUGGAAACGAUGUCAUACCGUGGCUGGGUGAUUUUCGAUUCCUCGGUAAUCUGGAUGACGCAUUCCCCGGCGAAAGCCCGAGCUUCCCGAUAAAAGCCGAAAAGCGAAGUUACUCCCAGAACAUCGUGGUCUGGAUACGUCAGGCCGGAUUGCAGUCGGAUAUUCAAAAGGUACUGCGGCAUGCGAAGAAGUUACCGGAAAAGACGCAACACUUCUACAAGGAGCUUAACCGCAUUCGUCGUGCCGCGCUGUCACUCGGUUUCAUAGAACUGCUGGAAGGAUUGGCGCACAUCUUCGAGCGAGAAGUAGCCACCCUGGGAGGCAGUGCCAGUCCGGACUGCAGUAUACAGCUGAAGCAUGCGGCGAACGAGCUACGGAAACCCAGCAAUCGCGAUUUGAAAGCGGUGAUACAGGCUAUGCCGACCAAGUAUAAUCAGAUUGGUUGAGCU